AUGCCUAUCAUCCAGGCAUGCGAGAUAUGUCUUUGGGAGGGCUUCAAUAACCCCGUCACCUAUUUGCCGGGUCAGGUCACCAGUAUCUUUACAACAAUCGCUGCGUCAGUGAUGAAAUCGGAAGCAUUUUCUUCACUCGCGAGACCCGGCUUCAAAGCUAGCCCUGGCCCAGAGAGUGGCCUCAAUUGGAACAGUCCAGUCUUGGAGUUGUAUCGUGUUGCAAAUGGCCUUUGGACGGGGCCAGAAAGAAUCCGUCAUGAGGAUGGUCCAUCUUGCUGGCUCUACAAGGGACCGCCGUGCAGAGUGGAAGACAACGGCAAUGUCAAGGAUCUCGAUAGACUCGCCGUCACCUUUUGUACACGCCCAAUGCCAGAAGGCGAUGGCGACUACAUGGUUCCCGCGAUCGAGAUUGCAAUUUUGUCGACGGGUAAUCGCCAUCCUUGUGCAUACGAGAAGUUUACUGGCGUGGGUCUAUUCGACAACUUCAAGGAAGUGUUCAGAGUUGCCUGUCGCAUCGAGAAUACGAAUGCAGACGGAAACCUCGAAACUCGAUACUUGACACAGGAAUCAGCAGUUUCACUGCCAGAUCUCUCUAAGAUCCAUGGUACGAAAGAACAAAGAGACGCUAUGGAUGGGAGUUGGGCCCAGGCAACGUCCAAUCUCGCGACAUUUGUAAAGAAGUGGAAAAUGGGACCCGAAAGUGUCCCAAGCACCCUCAUAGACGGGUGGCCAAUCAGGCUUCGCAAAGUCGCACCCAAUUUCUUCACAGAGGGACUGAGGGUUUUCACUCCCGAGAAAGAAGAAUCAGACCGGCCCAGAUUGCUUUCCGUCAAAGAGAUAAGGGAAUCACUUGACGGGAGGAGUGGUUUUGAAACUCAGUGGUAUUCCACGAGCAUAACCACUUGGCAGCAGCCAUUCGUUAUCAAGGGAAAAAGCACUUCUCAAGCUUCAGAGGCUGGUCAAACGGAGAAAGCAGGCGAUGGAAAUGUCAAGUGCAAGGAGCCGCGUCGUUUCGUUUACGACUCAACGGCGGCUCUUAAUACAGAGGAGUAUAUUCAGGAAGAAAGAAAGGACCAGACAGAUUGGGAGAUAUGCGACAUCGCUGAUUAG